UUCUACCACUAYUCCAUCAGCRUAGAAUUGAAUUGGCCUAUAACUAUGAAAAAAGAGGUUAGUAAAUGGUGUUAAAGUUUAGGUUAAAGCUGGUGAGAUUACCAACUCUUAAACAGACACCCAUUAAUUUUAAGUCAUUUGAAAAGUUAAAAACCCAUGAAUUUUAGCAGGUCACACACAGCCUUCAAAGUAGCUGUCAAAGCACACACAGACCACACUAUAAAAUGGGAGCAGUAUGGGAAGUGCUGAGCAAACCCAUCACAAAAGCCUUCUCAGCCAAAGCACUUCUGAAGCAAAUUUUGCUCUCUUUUUCAAUGAAGACUUUUUUCAUCUCUCUGGGCAUCCUACUGUCCUUGCUUUUGCUUGUGAACGUCUGCAAUGCAGCAGAGAAAAAUGUAGCUGAAUUUCAGCCUGGCCAAGAUGCUGAUGAUAUAACUAAAAAUGGAGAAGCAGUCCAAGGAGAGAAAUUCAGGUUUCUUUCUCACCACAACAAACCACACUACAAGAAGCCCUUCUUCCAGCAAAUUCCACACCCCAUUGUGAAGAAGCCAAUCCCUCAUCACCCAAUCCUCAAGAAGCCACUUCCAAAACCACAUUUUCCACCAUUCUUCCCCACCCAUCCUUGAAACUAUCCUCACUCUUACAUGCUUUGGAAUAAGAACACAUCUAUUACCCUCAAGCUUUAGCAUAGUGUCAUUUUAGAAGUAAGCUUAUGAAAGAAGCCUUCAUGGCUAGGGAAACUAGAAUUUGUUUUCUAAGGGGAAAAAUAAAGAGGGAGUGAGCUUCUGUUACUACUAAUCACUUAUGUAGGUUAAAAGUGAUGAGGUUAAUGAUGCAAUAUAGCAAUAAAAUAAACAUUGUUGUGUUUUGUGUGUA